AUGAGCAUAGUGUGUGAGGGCUUAUCAGGUGUGCUUAGCUACUUUGAUGAUGUUGUGGUGUACGGGUCAACACCAGAAGAACACUGGAAGAAUCUUUGUGCAGUUAUGGAUAAACUUCAAGACUUUGGCCUUGGUCUCAAUGCAGACAAGUGUGCCUUGGGCAUGUGUGAGCUGAAAUUUCUAGGACACGUCAUCUCUGCUGAGGGCAUUAAGCCUGAACCUGACAAGGUAAAAGCCAUUGCAGAUGCACCAGUACUUCAAAACCAAGCUGAACUGAGAUCAUUUCUGGGAAGUAUUACAUACCUUACACAGUUUGUUUCCAACCUUGCAACAGUGAUCACUCCCUUACGAUAUCUUAUGCAGAAGGGUGUGGUGUGGAAAUGGAGUACAACAGAAUCCAAAGCCUUUGAGGAAGUUAAAGAGCUUCUGAUUAAAGCACCAUGCUUUGCACACUACUCAUUGGAAGCCAAGACCAAACUUGUAGUAGAUGCCAGCCCAGUCAGUCUUGGGUGUGUCUUGCUGCAAAAUGUUGACAGCCAUUGGCAGUCCAUAUCUUAUGCAUCCAGAAGUCUAACUGCUGCAGAGAAGAGAUAUUUACAGAUCGAACAAGAGGCAAUGGCUGUGCUGUUCAGAUUGCAGAAGAUGCAUUCUUACAUUUAUGGUCGCCACGUUGUCGUCUCGACUGAUCAUAAUCCACUGCUUGGCGUAUUCAAUAAAAACACUCAAUCAAUUCAUCUUGAACGGAUUGCUUUGAGAGGUCAGGACUAUGACUUCUCACUCACUUAUGAACCUGGAUCUGAGAACAUUGCAGAUGGACUGUCAAGAUUACCUUUGAACACUACUGUUACAGAAACAAGUUUUGUUGAGGAGCAUGUACACUUUGUCAAAAGUGCUGAUGCUUUGCUCUCAAUUGAUGAAAUAAAAGAGACUGGAGAGUCUGACCCUGAAUUACUAGAGGUGGUGAAGGUACUUGAUGGAACCGAGAAGCUGUUGAGAAAAAAGGCAUUGACCUUGGCACAUGAGGCUCAUCAAGGUAUUGUGCGCUGCAAGCAACGCCUUCGUAGAAUCCUGUUCUGGCCGGGGAUAGACUCUGACGUUGAGGACUUCUGCCGAAAUUGCGAGACAUGUGUGCGCCUUCAACCACUACAACAAGACACACCUAAUACAGCACCUCCUCUUCCCGAUUACAGCUGGGAGAAGUGUGCCCUUGACCUGGUUGGUCCAUUUCCUGGAGAGAUCUACAUCAUGACUGUUGUUGAUUACAGAAGCAAAUGGCCUGAGGCUAUUGUCCUUAAGCGUAAUACAAGUGAGAGUAUAGUAACUGCAGAUAUAUUUGCACGAUUUGGAUAUCCAAAAGUUCUGAUCAUGGAGAAUGGACAUCAGUUCGUAGCUGAGGAAUUCCAAGACUUCAUGAAGGCAAAUGGAAUACAGCACAGAAGAGUAUCACCCUAUUUUCUACAAUCAAAUGGGCAGGUGGAAAGAUUUCAUAGGUACCUAAAGCACAGUAUCAGAGCAGCAGAGUUAGAUGGUCUAUCCUGGACAGAGGUUCUGCCCAUAAUCCUGCAAGUUUACAGAUCCACUCCACAUGCCAGGACUAACAUGACCCCAGCUAAACUGUUUCUCAACAGAGAGAUAACAACAAAGUUGCCAACAGUACCAGAAUUGGAUCGGAACAACCCUGAAGAGAGGUACAAGGAAUACCAGAGGAAGUUAUGUGAGUAUACUGAUGCCAAGCGACAUGCACAACAACAUAACCUAGUACCUGGGGAUAUUGUAUUUGUAGCAAAUACAAAAUCUGGAAAAUUGAUUCCCAUGUUUGGUCAUCAGAGGUAUGUCAUUGUUCAUAGCAAAGGACCAGAUACUUUCGAACUUGUCAAUGCUGAGACUGGACAACAUUUCACUCGUAAUGUGAAGUUUCUUAGUAGAGUUCCACGCAUGGAGCUACCAGUUAAUGAUGACAAUGACAACGGCUGCUUGGAGUCGGAAGAGUUCACUGGGGCAGCGAUGCCUCCUUUGGAUCAACUCGGAUCUACAGUCUCAGAUGAUAGGAAUCCAGCAGAUAGUGGUCCGACCGACUCAACAAUGGCAUUGAGACGUUCAACUCGAACGCCAAAGCCAAAGAGAGAUGCUGACUUUGUUUAUGACUAG